AUGUCUUUUAAUAUUCGUGAAAUCACGACCCUUGCUUUUAGCGCUAGUGCCCUCAUAGCUGUUACUUUCCCAGCACUUUUCUACCUUAAUAAAUAUGUCACAUUAAAAUGUAUAGAUAAAAGAAUUACAUCUUUGGAAGACCAAAGAUAUUCAAAACUUUUAUUGCUUAUCGAGAUUCCAAAACAAGUCCGUCACAAAGCUGAAUUAUUAAGAGAACAUGCUAUAAAGUUAACACAAGAAAAACUAAUGUUUGAAAAGGAUGCAAAUAAAACUAUUCCUAGACUACAAGUAUUAAUGUGGUUUGAAAGAUGUAAAGAAGAUGGUGAUGUGAAUAAGGAAAUAGUGGAGGAAUAUUUAGAGGCAAUUAAUGAUAUAAGAGAGCAGAUCUGGAGAAUGGAUGAAGAAAUCAGGAGGAUGCGAAUGGAGUCGAAUGAGCUGAUGAAAAGUGGCGCUAGAAGAGCGCGAGAUGUAGUAAAAGCUGAAAUUAAGGAAAUCGAGCGACAAAUG